CUGUGGAAGAGUCUAAGGCUUUACUUCACGAUACCUCGUCACUGACGCGAAGAGUGUUGAUUUGAUGCUCGUUGUUCUGCCAGAAAAGAAGCUCAAAAAUCACUGAUCUUUCUAUAGGAACGUAGUGCGAAAUGGAAGCUAGCACGAGUGCUGAUCAAGAGUCUACCUCUGAAACCUUGAUGAUUGAGAAUGUAGUGCUUAAUGAAGAAUCAUCUUUGGAUUUUUCGUCCCCUUGGCACUUUAGUGAUGUGGUACUUGUUGUGGAGGACACCAAGUUCCAUGUACACAAAUGCAUCUUAUCAAUGUGGUCCCCGGUAUUCCGUACAAUGUUUACGUCCCAGUUUAUGGAGAGUAACGCCAAAGAGAUCCCGUUACCAGGGAAACAUUCUGACGAAAUGGAAGUGUUGUUGAAACAUAUCUACUCAUCCGGGACAAAGGCGACAGUUACAGAGGAAAACUACCAGUUUCUCCUUCAACUCAUCCUUCAGAUUCAUAGUGAAGAAGAUCGAGAAUUACUGAUCAAAUCAGACUGA